AUGGCUCCUACUGUAAGUAAAUUGACUAAACGACCAUUAAGCAGUCAAACAAAAGAAAUUUUAUACAAAUUGAAUACGUAUUUCAAAGAUUUAAACGACAAGGAUAUGUCAAGUGUCGUUACGUCGGUCCAAUUGGUAGCGACAUCGACGGGAAUUCCGCUGUCAACUGUAAAAAAGGUUUUAUUAGAAGGUAAAUAUGCUUUGGAAGAUGGAGGCAAAUUUAUAUCUCCGAAAAAAACAAGAUGCAGGAAAAUUACCAUUGUGAUCGACGAUUUUGAUAAAGCGGUAAUUCGGAGAAUACUUCAUAACUUUCACAUCACCGACAAACAGGUUCCCACUAUGAAAAUAUUACACGAAAAGUUAAAGGCAGAAAUAAAUUAUCCAGGUGCAAUUACGUCAUUAAGAAAAGAAGUAUCUCUAUUAGGAUUCAAGUGGGGAAGAUAA